CCCCUCCCCCUUUAUACGAAUCGGGCAGCAUCUUCGUGCGGAACCCUAUGCAUCCCACCUAUAGUUUGUUUUAACCCCUCUGGUAUCGUUGGGUUUAAUGUUAAUGCGCGGUAGCUGAGCAGCUUUCGGUAGAAGUGUAUAGCUCGUGUCGUGUUUAUUUUGGGGCGUGUUGUUGCUUGACAGGUGAUUCCGCCCUUUUCAUUGCUCCGCCCUUGGUUGGUAUCAUUCUAGCAAAAAGCUGCGGGGCUGGUAUUCAAUUCUCCUGGUAACUGCUAGAAAGGAGGCAUCACUUGCAUAUACAGAAGCUGACCAUGCUGGUGAGUCUGUGGCAGGCUGGCGGUGCCCUGUUGGAGGAGGCAGUAGGGGGCAGCUUGGCAUCACGAAUACUACUUCCCUGUACCUUCCUCCUCAGCCUAGCGUAUCUGUCUAAACUGGCUUUUAAACACCUGCAGGCUGUUGACACUGAUGACGUGAAAAAUCCUCCGUUCAUUUCAUCCCCUAUACCAUUUUUGGGGCAUGCAAUAUCAUUUGGGAAAAGCCCAAUUCAGUUUUUAGAAAAUGCAUAUGAAAAGUACGGGCCAGUCUUCAGCUUCACUAUGGUCGGCAAAACAUUUACCUACUUGGUAGGAAGUGACGCAGCUGCUUUGCUCUUUAAUAGCAAAAAUGAGGACCUGAAUGCAGAGGAUGUAUAUUCUAGGCUUACAACACCAGUCUUUGGCAAAGGCGUUGCAUAUGAUGUGCCUAACCCGAUCUUUUUGGAACAGAAAAAAAUGCUGAAAACUGGUCUGAACAUAGCACACUUCAGGACUUAUGUGAAACAAAUCGAAGAGGAGACAAUUGAUUAUUUUAAGCGCUGGGGGGACAGUGGAGUGAAAAAUUUGUUUGAUGCUCUGUCGGAACUCAUCAUCCUGACCGCCAGUCGUUGCCUGCAUGGGAAGGAGAUCAGGAGUAUGCUGGAUGAGAGAGUAGCUCAGCUGUAUGCUGAUCUGGAUGGAGGAUUUACACAUGCUGCAUGGCUUCUCCCAGGCUGGCUUCCUUUACCAAGUUUUAGACGCAGAGACAACGCUCACAGAGAAAUCAAAAAUAUCUUCUACAAGGUGAUACAGAAGCGUCGGCAGUCUGGUGAGCAGGAAGACGACAUGCUGCAAACGCUGAUGGACGCUACGUACAAGGAUGGCACACCCCUAAAUGAUGAUGAGAUAGCAGGAAUGCUGAUCGGGUUGCUGCUAGCUGGACAACAUACAUCUUCCACCACUAGUGCUUGGAUGGGAUUCUUUAUAGCGCAAAACAAGUCUCUUCAAGAUCAGUGUUUUGCAGAACAGAAGAGAGUUUGUGGAGAGGACUUGCCACCUCUAAAUUAUGACCAACUUAAAGAUAUGCAAGUGCUGGAUCGCUGCAUUAAGGAGACGCUAAGACUGAGACCUCCCAUUAUGACAAUGAUGAGGAUGGCAAGAACACCACAGACGGUUGCAGGUUACACUAUUCCUCCAGGACAUCAGGUGUGUGUCUCUCCCACCGUCAAUCAUCGUCUCAGGGACACAUGGGAGAAAAAUACAGACUUUAAUCCUGACCGGUAUCUUCUUGAGAACCCAGCAGCAGGAGAGAAGUUUGCAUACGUCCCUUUUGGAGCAGGUCGGCAUCGUUGUAUUGGUGAAAACUUUGCUUAUGUUCAGAUUAAGACAAUCUGGUCUAUUAUGCUUCGUUUGUAUGAAUUUCAACUUGUUGAUGGAUAUUUCCCCACAAUAAACUAUACUACUAUGAUUCAUACACCAAACAAUCCCAUUAUAAGAUAUAAAAGGAGACAGCAACAUUAAGUUCAGAAACAGUUAAAGUUAUCUUAGACCUUGUCUAAUUUCUACUUGAAAAAAUUGUAUAGUGGGGGGGGGGGUGUUAAAAAUCUUUACUGUACAUGUUAUGUAUUUUAUAUAAUGAAUGUGUAAUAGUAAUACAAAAAUAAUUAAGAAAAUUGGGCUUUCUUUUUUUUCUAUGUUGUAAAUAAGUGAAUUCCUAUUAAAAAUGCCAUGUCCCUUCCA